GUGCGCCACUAUAUGGGACUCCCAAUCACGGCCGGUUGUGAUACACCCUGGGGGUAAAAUGGUUUUAAAAAAUCUAGCUCUUGUAAAAAUAAACUCGCAGUAUAAGGAGUUGACUGUUUCGUGUACUUAUACACUGGCAUUUCGUUUUGCUAAAUCUUGAAUGUAUUCCAUAGAUAACAAUAAUACUCAAAUAGGCUAUGAGCUGAACAUAUAUUUUGGCCCCAUUAGAUUUUGGGCCUCGCGUUUUCCUAUUAUUACGGUAACAGCGGGCAUUCCUUGUCACGUGAUCAACGAGAGCAUCUUUUUGGUCCAUUUUGGAUGAUAGCUGAGUCCUUGUAGCUAACCACGACCCGAAAAUGACAAAACUGCAGUUUUUAAACGUAUUUUUGACCGAGCGGCUUAUGCUCGCUGCCCAGGAGAUCUACAAAUCUGUCGAAGACACGAUUUUGGAAUACCAAGAGGAGAUUGCGCUCAGGGAGAGGGAGAACGACCAUCUGAGACGCAGACUCCGAGACGCUGGGAUUGAAAUAUGGCCAGACCGUCAGUCUAUGGCACUAUUGGAGGAGGAGGAUGGCGAGCAUCCUCGCCGGGAGUGGAGCCCCAGCAUGGGCCAUGAGGAGCGAGUCCCCAUCCUGAUCAAGGAGAAACGGGAGCUCAGGUCCAGCCAGGGAGAGGAGCAACUCCGGGGCCACGGCUCCUGCAGCACCCCAGAGUCUAUCUUCACUCCUCCCCGCGUCACCAACGAAUACCCCCAGGACCCUCCCCACUCCUCUAACCUGCCCCAGAAUCCGUCGGUGGAGAACAGAGAGCGGGACCCUGGUCCCAGAAGCUCAUCCAGACACGUCAAGUCAGAAGUGUCCCACAGAGGCUCCUCAUCAUCUUCGUCCAACAGCGUCCCGCAGCCCCUCGCCACAGUCAACCCCAACUGCUCCAACGAGAACAACAUUGACAUCAUUGGAGUGGAGAACGGAGGACAGAUGUUGGUGUCUGGGUCUAAAGGACGAGCUGGUGGGAGCAGAGGUCAGGCCUCCCAUUUAGGUGACCAGGGCAGUAACGCGGCCGCAGAGUGUGGAAAAUCCCCCCUCCAGGUGCACGUGUCAUCGUUCUGCUGCAAGGUAUGUGGGGAGGCAUUCAGCCACGUUGGACACCUGCAUGUCCAUGUCCAGGUGCACACCCGGGAGAAGCCGUACCGCUGCGGGGUGUGUGGGAAGUGUUGCAGCUCCUCCGGCAGGCUCCAGGAGCAUGCCAGGAGUCACACUGGAGAGAAGCCGUUCCGCUGCCAGAUCUGUGGGAAGGGCUUCACCCAGAUGGCCCAUUUGAAGGUCCACAUGCGGAUCCACACGGGAGAGAAACCAUACAGCUGCCCAGUGUGUGGAAAGUGCUUCAGCCGCUCCGACAAAAUCAAACGUCAUCUCCAGACCCACAGCCGUGAGGGCACUUACUUCUCAGGGCAGUAAGAUGAGGGAGACCACCGGUGGUUGUUAAUGAGCGACUGAGUCUCUAUGAAUGAAUGAAUUACUGAUUAUGGGACAUUUUUUAAAAGCUAAAAUUGCUGCCAUUAAGACAGCUUGUUAUUUUUCUCUUUCUCUCAAAGAGCUAGGGAUUCUGACUUUCUUAGAAUGUUUUAUCUCCUAGUUAACACUUCUCUCCAUGCCAUAGUUUCUCUCUCAUGCAGUAGAUUUGUAUAGUCGAUUUAGUAUGUGUCCAUUUACUUUUUGAAAUUGUCACUGAAUGGGAUAAUAGGGAAUCUUUAAACACCAAAUUGAACGACUUAGUAGCUAGUCUUUCUGAAUGAUUUAGUCUUUACUUUUAGUAAUGAACUUGGUAGCAUGAUGAUAAUGAAGUCUUCCACUAUGCGCCUUGAAACGGAGAUGCGUUCAGGCUUGCAACAAUAAGCAGCAUUCCAAAACGUGGUGGUCUUGUCCCAGACGAUUUGCACAGGGCCAAUUUACACAUUUCUAAAAUAAAUAGUUUUUUUCUCUCUUCAUUAAUUUACAAAAAAGUAUAUCACAGCUUGUAAAACCCACUAAUCUUAUUUCCUCAGUCAGCUAGCUGAAGUACAUAAGAUGUUUUUAUUUGUCAUUCUAAUUAACAAUGGCUAACCGUAUGGGCAUUGACUAUAAACAGUUGUCCAUUCCUUGAGUUUACAAAUAUGGAUAUAAGUACACAUGUUCACCAUUUGUUAGUUAGGGUCGGGUAGGUUAGGCAAUAGCCCUGCCUGCUCGAUUCAAGGUUUCUGUACAGUCACCUAAAGCCUCCCUGAUACAACUGAUGUUAAAGGACCAUUUGCCUCUCUCGUCAUCAUUGCAGAACUGUGUACUGCCACCUGAAUUUCAGUCAAUUAACUUAUCUUACAAUUAAAAACAUACUUAUCGGUGAGGAUUCAAUGCAAAGACUGCUAUUUUGCAAGAUAAAUGUUGCCUUGAUAAGGAUUGUUUGCUAAUUCUGUAUAUGACCACUAUCUAUCCCCCACCUCUGAUGCAUAUAGAGUGUGUCCUCUAUGAUCCGCACUACAGAAUUUGACCAACACGGUGCAGAGACCAACAGAUUCCCCAGCUGAGCCAUACAGUAUUACCCUGUAUCUGAGCUGCUUGUUCAAGAUUGUUGGUCCUGAGCUCAGCACUGCACAUACUGUAUAUUCACUAUAGUAAAGAUCUGUUCUUGAUGGCCAGUUGUUUAAGUGUAACAUACGUUUUGUUACAGACAGAUCAAGCCUACUCCUGGAAUCAAAAGCACUUUAGAUAGUUUAUAUUGCAAGUGCUUGUAAUCUAGGGGUAGACUUAAUGCAAGUCUCUACCUUUUUUUAGAAGUUUUUAUCAGAACUUGAGCAGUGCCUAGCUGAGAACGAGGCACAUGAACAAGCAGUAGGCCUAUGGCCCGGACCAGAAACAAACCAUUGCCCAAUCCCCUAGGCAAGUGUCUUGGGCAAUAGGUGCUUGGGGUUGUUACUAGUAGACAGGGUCUUUAUCUCCUCUCAGGACUGAGGCUACUACAGUAGGCCCUCUAAUUUAACCAGCAUUCCUCCCCUUCUCUCCCACACAGUUUAUUCUGGGACACCGCUGCUCCCACACACACAACUGUACAGUGUUGUAUCAUUAUGUAAUAAAUGUAAUUUUUUAAAAUAAAGUAGUCUUUGAGUACCUUG